CUUUUUUAUAACGUGGUCUUAGUAAUUGCGGUAUAUAAAUUGUGUUUUCAUACAAGUCUACAAUAAAGCUACAUAUAAUUUGAUAUAUUUUUUUAAAAUAAAAAAUGUCGUUAAUCAAACGCAUUAAAACCUAUGUGACAGGAUCUUCACAAACUAGUGAAAAGAAACUUGCUGUGAUAAGAAGUAACAAUAAGGACACUUUUACCGCUUUCGGUCCUCAAAGUCCGCCGCCGGAAAUUAGUGAGAGAGAUAUUGAGAUUCUUCAAGACAGCUGGAAAAUAGUGCAACAGAAUGUUGCCGAAGUUGGAAUUAUUACGUUUGUUGGCCUGUUUGAGACCCAUCCAGAAGUCCACGAUGCUUUCAUGUCAUAUCGAGGAGUCAACACGUCUGACCUCGAAUACAACGCCAUUCUUCGUAAACAUGCGUUAAGAGUUAUGGGGACUGUGGACAAGUGUAUUUAUAGAGUUGACAACAGGGACAAGUUGCGAGAGCUCAUGACGGAGUUGGGAAUUCGGCACAAGAACUAUUCCGUGAAAAUGGAAUUUAUCGAUCUAAUGGGCCCCCAGUUCAUCAGCUCAAUCAAGCCCCAUUUGGAAACAAUGUGGACAGACGAACAUGAGAAAGCCUGGGAGAAUUUAUUCAAGCUCAUGUGCUACCACAUGAAGAAGGGAAUGUGUAGUAUAUGAUAAAGGUGUUACAGUUUAAUUUGAGGGCAGCGCUUUGACCAUUUAGACCUUUUGUCAUGAAUGCACAAACACGGAAUGCACAAACGUGUUUGUGAAUAGCAUUUUAAGCACGUACACCAUACUAUAACAAUUCCUUGUAAAGACAGUACAAUUUCAAACAAUUGAAAUAUACUGGAAUAUUAAUAAAAUAAAAAUAAAAUAUUUUGUGCACAACUGAAUUCAAGUUUUGUCUAAUACGAAAAUAACUUUAGUUAUACCAGAAAUCUUAAUCCAAACUCUUAAACUACAUUGGAUUCAUUGUUUUCACAUAGAACACAGAGUUUAAUGAUUUGCAUUUGAUAAAACUUGAAGAUGUUGAAAUAAUUCCUACGUAUAACAUGUGCGUCAGGGAUAAGCAUUUCUUAUUUAGUAUAGCGUUAUAACAGUUUAGGACAAUUGUCCUUAUUAACAUAUCAGUGUGCAUGUUGCCUGUCAGUUAAGUAGUUAUCAUCUGAUUAUUGAUUGACUAUAGACGAUGGUGCAUACUUUUCGUGUAAUCAAUGCCAUUGGAGCCUUUUAUUGUAUUUAUAAUGAAAUAAGAUGGCAAUUUCGUCAGAAAGACUACAUAAGUGGAUUUUAUUCAUCUAUAGAGAUGUGUCUCUAAAAACAAACAUCUAUGUGUUCAGACCUUCAAUAGAUGGAAUUAAAGUGUAUAUUCAGGGCAUUUAUUUUGUAUGUAGUUCAAUUAUUGAUAGUAUUAUUAGUGUAUAUAUAUUGAACAGUCAAGUUUUUAUUUGCAAACUUUUGAAGUCAAUUCACCGCGGAAUCAUACAUAUUUUUAUUUCAUUACCAUCAGUGUCCUACAGAAAUCAUGUCGUGCAAAGUUAACGAUUAAUAAACUGUACAUAUUGAAUAUUUUGCUAUGUUUUCAUUUGCGGUCUUUUAAAGUUCAAUAUGUUACUUUGUAUUGACACUCUUCCGACCUUACACCCUAUACACCAAUAAUAUUUGUAAAGUGAAUAUGCUUUUUAUUAAUUGAAUGCAUUUACUAAAUUUCAUUCAAUGUUAAAAGGCAUAUAGUCCAGACAAGAUUCAUUCUAACAUGAAGUUAUUACCUUAUGUA